AAUAAUAACUAAACCCUUUCUUUCGAAGAGAAUAAAAACCCUCAUCUUCUCCGCAGCCUUUCCGACGAACCAUCAGCUCUUUUCCGAUGGCGGACGCCGUCGAAGCCGCCGCCGAGGCCGUCGCCGAUCUCUCCAUUGCUGACUCCUCUCCUUCUGCUCCUCAAGCUCUUAGCAAGAAUGCGAAGAAGAAGGAGGAGAAGAUGAAGAAGAAGGAGCAGGAGCGGCUGGAGAAGAAGAAGGAGGUCCAAGCUGCAGGACCUGUGAAGACCCAGAAAGCAUCUGCUGCUGAUGACGAGGACAUGGAUCCAACACAAUACUAUGAGAACAGGCUGAAGACCCUUUCAUCACUGAAGGCAGCUGGAUUAAAUCCAUAUCCACAUAAAUUCCAUGUUUCCAUUUCAAUAGCAGAAUAUAUUGAUAAGUAUGGAAGCCUUAGUGACGGAGCACAUCUAGAGGAUGUAGAAGUCAGUAUCUCCGGUAGGAUUAUGACCAUACGAAGUUCCUCAUCGAAGCUUUAUUUUUAUGAUUUACAUGGGGGUGGCCUUAAAGUUCAAGUUAUGGCCGAUGCCAGGAACUCAGAGCUGGAUGAAGUUGAAUUUUCUAGAUUUCACUCUGGUGUGAAACGUGGUGACAUUGUUGGUAUUUGUGGGCAUCCAGGAAAGAGUAAGAAAGGAGAGUUAAGUAUUUUCCCAAAGAAGAUGGUUGUCCUGUCUUCAUGUCUUCACAUGAUGCCUAGGCAAAAAGCGGCCCCUCGAGUAGCUAAUCAAAAUGAAGGGAAGGCACCAGUUACUCAGUGGGCUCCUGGAAUGACAAGAAAUCCUGAGACAUAUGUUCUGAAAGAUCAGGAAACUAGGUAUCGUCAACGGUACCUGGACUUGAUGCUGAAUAAUGAGGUUAGGGGAAUUUUCCAAACCCGCUCUAAGGUUAUAUCUUACAUCCGGAGAUUUCUUGAUGGUCUUAAUUUCUUAGAGGUAGAAACACCUAUGAUGAAUAUGAUUCCUGGUGGGGCAGCUGCUAAACCCUUUGUCACCCACCACAAUGAUUUGAACAUGAAGUUGUUCAUGCGCAUAGCCCCUGAGCUAUAUCUCAAGCAAUUGGUUGUGGGUGGCUUGGACCGUGUAUAUGAGAUUGGAAAGCAAUUUAGGAAUGAAGGGAUUGAUCUAACUCACAAUCCUGAAUUCACUACAUGCGAGUUUUAUAUGGCGUAUGCUGAUUACAAUGACUUGAUGCAACUUACUGAAGAGAUGUUAUCAGGAAUGGUGAAGGAGCUAACUGGUGGUUACAAAAUAACAUAUCAUGCUGAUGGACUUGAGAACGAACCAAUAGAGAUUGAUUUUACUCCUCCCUUCCGGAGGAUAGACAUGAUUGAAGAGUUGGAAAAGAUGGCUAAUCUCAGCAUACCCAAAGACCUUUCCAGUGAGGAGGCAAACAAAUAUUUGGUGGAUGCUUGUACUAAGUUUGAUGUUAAAUGCCCACCACCGCAAACAACCGCAAGGUUGUUGGAUAAGCUUGUUGGGCAUUUCCUGGAAGAGACUUGUGUAAACCCCAGUUUCAUUAUAAAUCAUCCUGAGAUAAUGAGCCCAUUAGCAAAGUGGCAUAGAUCUAAGCCAAGCUUAACAGAGCGCUUUGAAUUGUUCAUCAACAAACACGAGUUAUGCAAUGCAUACACGGAAUUGAAUGAUCCUGUUGUACAGCGGGAGCGUUUUGCUGAGCAACUAAAGGAUCGGCAAUCAGGAGACGAUGAGGCGAUGGCCUUGGAUGAAACAUUUUGCACUGCUCUAGAGUAUGGCUUGCCUCCAACAGGUGGUUGGGGUCUGGGUGUCGAUCGCUUAACAAUGUUGUUAACAGAUUCACAAAAUAUUAAGGAAGUUUUGCUCUUUCCUGCCAUGAAACCUCAGGAUGAGCCUUCUGUGAAAGGUGCAUCAGAAGGAACUGAAAACAACAAGCCUUGAUGAUCAUUAAUAAUCAAGAAGAGAGCCCUUGCAUAUUGUCAUACAUUCCAAUGUAUUGGUAUCGAUCAUCACAAAGUUCACUAUUUUCUGCAUUUUUUCCAUUACUAGAACUAAAUUAUAUUUCUCUUUGUUAUUUAAGCAUAUGCUUGUGAUUUUGAUAUGAUGUAUUCAAGUAACACUUCUUUACAGUAAUGUGAUUGUGUCCAAAAGUUUACUUGCCUCAAAAGAUAUGUAUCUUAUUGUUUUGAAAUAGUAUGAGUGCAUUACCGAUGUCAUGACAAAAAACCUUUUUUGAUUCUUCGACAUUUAAA